AUGUCAUCCGAGCUUGAAUUAUUGAGCCAGCUAGUGGAUGAACAGCCACGGAAUGAUAAGGAAGUGACAUCAGAGGUGUCAGCUGUUGAUGUGUCUGAUUCGUCGUCUAUCCACGAAGUACAUAGUCAGUUAAAACUAUCGGAGCAGAUCGAAGAGGUACCAAAGGUACCAGAUCAAGGGAAGACAUCAGAGGAUAUGGAGACGGAUGCUUUCUUGGAUGAGGUCCAAAAGAAAAGCAUUAGCAAUGAGAUUAGGAAACGCAAUAGGGAAAAAAAACUUAGUAAAGCAGGGCAAGAACAAAUAUCAUUACAAAAAAUAUCUGAUACUGUUGUCUCUGGUAUCUCUUCAUCUGAAAAGCCCACGAGUACAAAAAAUGGACAUGAAGUAAUUCAAGAAAUUUCUCGCAACAUUGAUGAAUCUGACACUCCAUCUAUUCAGGAGAAUUGCACAUUGCCCCUCACCCCUCCAGAAAUUUCGUUUACCCCGG